AUGGACGCAAAAAGGGAGCUUGUGAUAAGUCUGUUCUUGAAAAGUUUUCGACCGUGUGAUAUCUUAAAGAAGCUGAAACAACUCGGAAUUAACGAAAGAUUCAUCUUUCGUACCAUCAAGCGAUACAAGGAGACUGGUUCUUGGAAAAUACUUCCCAAGCCUGGUCGUAAACGCACUGUGAGGAGUCCGAAAGCCAUCAAACGAGUAAGAGAGCGAGUUCGACGGAAUCCUGCUCAGUCUGGACGUAAGAUGGCCAAGGAGCUGGGGAUAUCGCAGUCAACCAUGAAGACUAUUUUGAAAGAUGAUCUUCGAUUGAUUUCAUACAGAAAACAACGGGUGCACGGUUUGACUGAAAAGCAGAAGGCUGGAAGAGUCCAAAGAUGUCGGCAGCUGCUCAAGCGACACGGUGGUUGUGAAAUUCUGUUUUCGGACAAAAAAUUGUUCCUGUUACAGGAUCACCACAAUCAACAAAAUGAUCGGAUAUAUGCAGCACAUCUUUCUGAUUUUCCACGGGACAAGCUGGCUGUUCAAGGAUUCCAAAAUGUUUCCAGGGUGAUGGUAUGGGGAUGUUUCUCCAAAAAUUUGAAGGUUCCCUUGCUGUUUAUCGAACCUGGUGUUAAAAUCAACACUAAAUAUUACAUCGACAAUGUUCUGAAGAACCAUUUGCUUCCCAUUGUCAAAAAACACUACAAGAAAACGCCAUACUGCUUCCAACAAGAUUCUGCACCGUCUCAUCAGACAAAAGCUACACAGGCUUGGUGUGAGGACAAUUUUCCUGAUUUUAUUUCUUCGAAAGAGUGGCCUGCCUCUUCGCCUGAUUUGAAUCCUCUCGACUUCUCUGCAUGGGGUUACAUGCUUGGCAAACUAGGGAGUACCAAAGGAUUGACAGUGGACACUUUCAAGCAACGCUUGGAGAAGGUUUGGAAUGAAAUGCCUCAGGAUAUUGUGCGUGCCAGCUGUAACGCUUUCCAACAACGAUUGCGACUGGUAAUUAAAGCAAAGGGAGAAAGAUUCGAAUUGGACUAA